GUGCGCGUUCCGCCUGGACGCUGCGCGCGGCCGUGCUGCUGCUGGCGCCAGGACGGGCGCGCGGCGAGGACGGCGAGGACGACGGCGCCGAUCCGCUCGAGGCUUUCCCCCUGCACAAGGCCGCGAUGGAGGACGACGUGCGGGUGCUCGAGUCCCUCCUGGCGAGCAUACCCGACAAGGCUGCGCUGGCGUUGGAGGAGCAGGACGACGAGGGCUUGCGACCGCUGCACUACGCGGCCUACGCUGGCAGUGCUGGCGCGAUUGCCGCGCUGGCCGCCGCGGGGGCCUCCGUCGAGUCCAGGACAGAGGACGGGGGCCUGGCGGCGAUUCACUGGGCCGCGGGCCAGGGGCACGCGGGGGCCCUGCUCUCCGUGCUUUCCGCCAGGGCCGCGCUGGAGGGCGAGGACGCGGAGGGGCGCACCGCGCUGCACUACGCCGCGGCGCGGGGGCUCCUGGAGGCGGCGGAGACGCUGGUGGGCGCGCGCGCGAGGCUGGAGGCGCGGAGCGAGCGGGCCGUGACGCCCCUGCAGGUGGCCAGCGAGCGCGGCCACGCGGAGCUCGUGAGAGCCCUCUGCGCCGCGGGCGCGGACACCGCCGCGCGGGCGGACGCGGCGCGCAUGACGCCGCUGCUCGCCGCGGCGGCGACAGGGCACGCGGAGGUGAUCGCCGCGCUGGCGGCGGCGGGCGCGGCGCCCGGGCUGCCGGACGCGGAGGGCAGGUCGGCGCUGCACGUGGCCGCCGCCCACGGGCAGGCGGAGGCGGUUCGCCCCCUGCUGUCCAUGGGGCUCGAGGUGGACCUCCUUUCCGCCGACGGCGAUUCGCCCCUCCACGCGGCCGCGGCGGGCGGCCACGCGGCCGUGGCGUCGGUGCUGCUGGAGGCGGGCGCCUCGCCGCGUGCGCGGGACGCUGCGGGGCGGACGGCGCUGGAGCUCGCGCGCGCCGCAGGCCACGCAAACGUGACGGACCUGCUUGCCCAGGAGGUCCUGCAGCAGAAGUGGAGCGACCUGGACGCGGUGCUGAAGAACUGGGGGAAGACGGACGGGCGCGCGGUCAAGAGGUCGGACUUGCAGGACGCGAUGAGGAGGUUGGACGCUGCCUGGGCGAGCUUUGAGGAGAAGUACAUCCGCGAGCUCAUCGACAUCGAGGAGAAAGCUCGCAGGCUGGUCGUGCAGGCCAUACAGCACGAACACGCGCUGCGGCGCCUUGAGAGUGGCAGCGGCGCCAGCGGCAGCAGCCGCGAGGAUCUCCAGCAACUGCCGGAAUACGUCGAGGAGCAACGGCGCCUCGUGAGGUGCAUCGCGCACCUCAACUCGGUGGCGAACCAACGCCGGAAGGGGCGGGACGACCUGGGAGUCGACAUCCUCUCCACCGCGGUGGGCACCCUGCAGCGAUGCAGCGCUGCGGAGAGAGGCGGCACGAGAUCGGAGGCGGUCAGCGCGGCGCGGAUCCUGGCCACGGACGUGGUCAACGCGUUCGAGGCCAUGCGUGCCUACCUGAGGGAGGUGGAGCGCUGCCUGGAACAGGUGGACCCUCACCUCUGCAACAACGAGGGGCUGGUCACAAGGCUUGUGGACUGGGAGGAGAGCUGGGAGGUGGGCACGCGCUACGUGCGCCACGAGCAGCUGCUGGACUCGGUCUGGGAGCGGGAGCAGCGGCGUAGGACUGAGCUGAGCGCGGGCGGCGUCGCGAUGGAGGAUCGUGACACUGACGACGACAUUGUUCCCGUCGAGGUCCAGCGUGCCCCGUCAGCACAGGUAGUCGCGCCGCAGGCCGCCCCGAGACCCCCGACCGACCCAGCGCAGCUUGGACUGGCGCAGUAUAUCAUCGGGGCUCUCAACCAGUCGAUGGAGGUGAAGCUGGACGUAUUGCAGACCCGCGUCGACGCACUGCAGCGCACCUCGGAGGCCAGCAGCCGGGACAUCUCCGCGGUGCUGGCCAACCUGAGGGCGCAGGAGGCCAGGUUGGAGGCUUUCGAGGAGGGCCGAUCCUCGGCCGUGAGCUCGGUCGGCGGGAAGAACAGCAAACACGUGAUGUUCGUCGCUGGAUUCCCUGGCACAUGGGACAAGGAUGAGGUGGAGAAGCACUUGCGCACGGAGCUCGCCAAGACGGUUUCCCUGGAGGCGCAUGGGAUCACCGAGAUCUACGGAGUUGGGCGGUUUUGCGAUCAGGCCAAAGUGGUCUUUGCAAACAAUCAGAAGAUGUGGGGCUUCAUGAAGCGCUGGAAGGGCCAGAAGAUCCCCUGCCCUGGGGCUCGCAACGACAAGCUGUGGCACAAGGUCGACCAGGACCCUCAUGAGGUGGAGCUCUCCCGUCGGGUCAGCUGUGCGGUGCGGAUCCUGCGCGAGUUCGGCAUCCAGACGGGGCUGUGCACGGAGGAGUCGAAGCAGCGGACCUUCGAUGGAGACUGGGACCGCGGACAGGUUGUGUUUCGCAAGAACAGCACGGAACGGCCAGUUCUUCUGCUACAUCGCUCGAGGACGUCAGACCUGCUUGAGGUCAGCACCGACGCCGUGGCAGCGGCCGCCUUGGACCAGGAGCUCAAGGAUCUGCGCUACGUUAAGGACAUCAGGGACCUCACAGUUCUUGGGUGGAAUGCGAGAGGUGUCCUUGCGAAGCGGCGUCGUGCCGUGCUCGAGUCGCUGACCGACGAAUUCGAUGCGAGUUUGAUCCUUGUUCAAGAAUGGUGUGUAGCAGGUGGAGCCCAGCAGACCUAUGACGGCUAUGUUGUGCACGUGUCGCCUCCAUGGGGGGCUUGGCAGAGGUGUGCGAUAGCGGUGGCCAACUCCUCGGCGCCCUCCGUCAUUGGCGAGCCGCAGUUCCACGGGCGCACCAUGGCCCUGGACUUACAGUUGCCUGUCUGGGGCCGCGUGCGGGCUAUCACCAGCCACCUGUUUUCGCAUAUUGUUCGAUGUGAGUAUGCUGAGACCAUCCAGCAGCUACUGGCCGAGUUUGAUCUGAUUGCUGCCAACGCCUAUUCCCGUGGACAGCGGGGUCAGGCCACUUGCUUCUUUGACAAUCGCAAGGGGCCCAGGCAGAUCGACUUCAUGUUGAUCCACCGCGAUUGGCUAUCGCGGACGCACUGCCAGGCCCGCUUCACCGACGCCUCAUCGAGCGACCACCUGCCGCUCCUCCUGCGCUGCCACGCGGGCCACGGAGUCCCCGCGAUCGCUGGCCACACCGAGCCGACGCCGCUGGAGACCAUCGAACGCCCACCACGGAAACCAGUGGGUUGGCAGGUCGAAGAUGCCCAGCUGUUCAGCUCCACCAUCUGCACGUCCCUGCAGAUCAGCUACACUCCUCCAGAGACUGCGAUGUACACUGAGGGGGACGUGACUAAUGCUAUGGGGAUCUUCACGGAUGGCUCUGCUCGGCGAGGACGAGACAGACAGCGGCGUCAUCGGUGCCACGCGGCUGGCUGGGGGUUCGCACUCUAUCACGUAGCCGAGCCAAGCGACCAGGACACCAGUCUUCUGGAGGCCUGUGGUCAGGUCAUCACUGAUGUGCAGGACCCUCGGCAUGUGGGCGCGACGUGCCUAUCGGCGAACACGGGUGAGUUGACAGCCAUCGUAGAGGCGCUGCUCUGGCUACUCGGACAGCGUCUACUCGCUCAGCCACUCGCGCGAGACGCCACCCGCAUCCUCGUCAGCACUGACUCUACGUACGUUCGCAAAUUGUUGCAGGGUGUCUUCCAGCCGAAGGAGAACUUCGAGCUAGCGACCUUGGCCACCCACCUGUGGCAGCACUGCCAGACCUUUUUUGACAUGAUCAUCAGAUGGGUGAAGAGCCACAAUGGGAACACGGGUAACGAGCAGGCUGACUAUCUCGCCAAGUUGGGUAGUGACCAGCGCCACAUCGACAGCCACUGGAGACGGCCAUGCCCUGCGCCUGACUGGGACGCAGCCGCCUUCGAGGCCACCUGCGCUGCCCGCCAGGCAGCCUGCCGAGCGGCGCGGAAGCGGCGCCAGGCCGACAUCCUCAGUGAGGACGCGGGCGCUGCGCUGGGGUAUCGCCGGGCCUCGCUGGGCCUGCUGUCCACCUCCAUCUGCGCGGCCGCCGCGAAGGCUGGCCACGUUCCGCGCCGAGGCCGGUGGCGGCCCCCGCCAGGCGACGCCCAGCUGCUCCAGCUGCAGGCUCUGGAGCGCGCGCGGGCCGCGGAGGAGGGCCCGCGAGUCAGACAUCUCAUGGGGCCCGCGGUCUGCAAUAUGAAGCGGGCUAUGAGAGAUCGUUGCGCUACUGAGCAUCUGUCCCGUCUGUGCGAUCGCGGUCGAGCUGAGAAGGCCUACAAGACGGGGCGCCCAGUCUAUUGCUUGGACAAGAUAGAUGGCGGCCAGGCGACCACCAGCGCCGAGCGACUGCAGGAGGCCCAUGCUUUCUACACUCAGCUGUUCCAGGACGCGACCAGUGACGGACAGUUGCCAGACUGGAUCCACCAGCAGUGGUCAGCCGAGGAGCAGCAACAGUCCGUGCCCUUGAGCCUCCCGCUCCUCCGAAUGUGCAUCGGUCGUCUGAAGAGCUGCGAGUCCUGUGACGAGACCGACAUGAUUGUGGGCGAAAUGCUUCAGGGGCUGGAGACGGAUGUCCUUGAGCACCUGCUGCAGGCUGUCAGACUGCGGCUCAGGAAUCACAUCUCGGACUAUUUCGACACGGCCUGGAGCGAUCACGUGGUGCAGCUCAUCCGAAAAGUGCCAGAUGCCCGCAAGAUUAGUCAGUUUCGCCAGAUAGCCCUGAUUUCUGUGCUGCGCAA